ACACCCACUGAAUUAUACAGAGACUGCAAUUCAUAUUGAGUAGAUUCACUGAUCAUUUAUAGUAUCCACAUAUUUUAACUAUACAUUCAAAGAUGUUUUCAUCACGUCAAACUAGUGUAACAUUUAAUCAACAAUCAAAACCUUUCUAAAUUUGGAUUACAUCCGGAGGUGGGCACUAGCUCCUUAUGAAUGGGUAUUAUUGAAAGGAAAUCCAGUCAGUUAACAAUAAAUGUAAACCACUUAAGCAGGCAGCAACACUCAGAUAGCGCUGAAUGUGACGUGCCUUGUAGUUCAGCAUUACGGCCACGUGGGGGCGCUGUGUAAUUUCUCAACUCAGAUGUUAAGAGUCGUUGGUUUGUGCCGCGAGUUUUUGUUUUUGUCGGCGUCUAAAAAGUUCAAUCAGUUAGCAACCAGAUAAAACCAUGAGCUAACAGUACGCUUCAGCCAGGCAUAAAUCUGAUCUGUUCGACAUUUUGGUUAUUUUUAAACUUGUCUCGCAGCCGCUCAAAAAAUGUCAGUUGACAAAGAGGAAACUCGUCAGAGGUUGAAGGCAGCGGUUCAUUACACGGUGGGUCGGUUGUGUCAGAAGAUCGGAGAGGACCACCGGAGGGAGUUCAGCCGACAGACCAUAGCAGCCAUAGCGGAAACGACAUUCAGGGAGUGCGACAUCUUUGCCAAGGAUCUGGAAGCUUUUGCCAGACACGCCAAAAGAAGCACGGUGUCUUCAGAGGAUGUAAAACUUCUAGCCCGCCGCAGUAGUGCUCUGUCCAACCACAUACAAAAUAAAAGUGAAGAACUGGCCCAGGAGCAGAGAGAUUCCAGAAAGAAGAGUACAGUGAAGAGGAAGAGCAGAGACACCGAGGAGGAGAGCAGAGAAUGAGGACAAGCCACAGGGAAACCUGCAGCGUCUGACUUUCUGCCCAACAUGCAUAGAAAAAUAGGAGCUUGACCAGAACAAACUGCUUUAAUGAACUUUACAGAAACAAGACUGAUAGAAAGCUAAACUCGUCUCAGUAGGCGCCGAGUUGGCAUGAAGUGACGAAUGAUGAGCAACAAAAUCUUUAGAACUGUUCAUGUAACAUUUACUGCGACCAAUAAAUCCUAUAUUCAUCUA